AUGGCGUAUAGCUCUCGUAUCUGUGCUGUUUGUGGUGCUCUUGCGCUGUAUAUUGCCAGUGUUGGCUCUCCGGUUGAUGCGUGGCUUCCUCCGAUCAUCACCAAGGGUAACAAGUUCUUUGAUUCGGAGUCGGGACUUGAAUUCCGACUGAAAGGAAUGGCCUACUACCCCCGACCCAACAGUGGAGAAAUGGCCGAUGUCAGCAAUUACGACUGGGCUGCGGAUGAACAUGAAGCUGUAUGGAAACCACACUUAGAGGUGAUGAAGGACCUCGGUGUCAACACGAUUCGUUUGUACUCGAUUGAUCCGAGUCUAUCGCAUGACAAGUUCAUGUGUGCAUGCUCGGAAGCAGGUAUUUAUGUGCUGGUUGGUCUCACAGCCCCAUGCGAAAACUGCUCCAUCUUGGACUACGUACCGCCUAAAUGCUACCCUGACGACCUGUUCACGCGCGGUCAAAUGGUUUAUAACGCUUUUGCAGUCUAUGAUAACACACUCGGAUUCAGCGUUGGCAAUGAAAAUAACCUCCAAGUCGAGAAUGGCGCCGAUGGAACCACGACUGCUCCGUGUGUUAAAGCGUUUUUACGUGAUAUGAGGAGUUAUGCAGCUAGCUGCACAAGAUCUGUGCGUCAGGUUCCACUUGGUCUCGAUAUCGCAGACAUCCCUCCUCGUGAGCAGUGGAUUUCGUACUACGACUGUCGGGUAGACGACGACGAGAACACGCGCGCUGAAUGGAUGGGAUUCAACCCCAACUACGACUGGGCUGCGGAUGAGCACCAGGCUGUGUGGAAACCUCAUUUGAAAGUGAUGGAAGACCUCGGUGUCAACACGAUUCGACUGUACUCUGUGGAUCCAAGUGUUUCACACGAUAAGUUCAUGUGUGCUUGCUCAGAGGCUGGUAUCUACGUGCUUGUUGGUAUUCCUGCCCCAUGCGAGAACUGCUCCAUACUGGACUACGUUCCACCUAAAUGUUACCCCGACGAGCUGUUCACUCGAGGUCAAAUGGUCUACAAUGCCUUCGCUGUCUAUGACAACACACUCGGGUUCAGUGUUGGUAAUGAGAACAAUUUACAAGUGAAACAUGGACGCGAUGGAACCACGACUGCUCCAUGCGUCAAGGCGUUCUUGCGAGAUAUGAGAAGUUAUGCUGCUAGUUGCACGGGAUCUGUGCGUCAGGUUCCUAUUGGGCUUGAUAUCGCAGACAUCCCUCCUCGUGAGCAGUGGAUUUCGUACUACGACUGUCCGGUAGGCGACGACGAGAACACGCGUGCUGAAUGGAUGGGGUUCAAUCCGUACGUUGAGUGUGAUCCAGCUACACACAAGGUGUACGCACAGUCGACAGGACUGACAAAGCUCAUGGCUGAAUAUGCUCAAGUGGGGUACGCUCGUCCGCUGAUGUUUGGCGAAUUUGGGUGUAUCAAGGGUAGAAACACGAUUGACGGCUAUGAAAACCAACGCUCAUUCUACGACGCAAAGUGGAUGAACGAGGAGAAAGAAAUGAUGGAUGAGAUCGUGGGUGGUAACGUUUUCGAGUUUUCGACGGAGAAAGCGAAUUUGCUGAAUAGCUCAGUGGUCAAGACUGCUGACGCUGGCAAAUACGGGGUCGGAUACUUCUAUCCGGAUGACUGCGAUAACGAUAAAAUUGAGUGCGUCUUCACACCGUAUCCUGAGUACGGUAACCUCAAGAAAGCGUACACGACCACGACUGCGUCGACGAUAGAGUACGAAAGCUAUACUCCGAACCGCGACUCGAUGUUGAGCUGUCCCAAGAACAUGUCGAUCGAUUUGCCCUCUACACCCGACGUGACUGUUUUGGAGUGCUCUGUGGCCCAACCAGUGUGCAACGGCAAGAAGGCCAACGCGUACAUGCACUUUUCAUCGCGCACCAAAGUCGGUGACAAGGUGAAGCCCACAAACGAUGAAAGUAGCCAAGCCUCUGCCCUCAACUCUACCGACAAUACAAUCUCGGCUGGUUCGACCAUAUCACCGACAAUGAUUGAGAUUGUGGUGGCGACGGUCGCGAUCACUGUACUCUGCGUCUUCUAA